AUGGCGGCUUCUCGAGGAAAUCUGGCCAACCGAGAAGGUCUUCAGAAUCGUAUCUUCGCAGGGAAACUUGAUCAAAUUGAGCGGCAGUAUACAAACUUCUGGAACGUCCCCUGCGCCGCCGCGGACAUCGAGGCGUACGAAAAAAGAAUUACAGGGCACCAGUACGGUGGACUAGACAAAUGGAUCAAAGCAACGACACCUUUCACUGAUUGGCAACUCAACCCAGUAAACGAAGGUAAGGCCUUGGCCUACAAUAGACAUUGCCUCUUAAUUGGUAACCAUUCAUCAUUCGACGUCGUCCAGUACCCAGAAAACCCGGCACAAGCAGGUAUGUCUAUGAUCCAUAUUCUAGGUAUUCCUAGGGAGAACUUGUUCAACGGCGUGUCGCUGGGUUUCGACAACGUAUGUAUCAUUUGGAGAUUGAUCUGCCUAUUCAAGGUUGAAUGGCGCCGACCUCAGUUCCGCCAAGCCGUCUUAGAACACCAGAGACGUGCCAUCGAGAGCCGGAACAAUGCCGCCCCGGAUGACGCGAGACUCGAGGUUGCGGCGAGUCAUUGGCGUGAGCUACAAAGCAUGAUCAAUCUAAUCACGGAGGAUGACUUCGCUUUCGGUCUACACUUAUGGCCAGAUAACAGCAUCGGCCAUCUGCACCUUCAUAUUAUCGCCACGCCAGAGAUUUUCCGUAGAUAUAGUACCCUCGCCCACGACGAGAAGACUAAGGAUGCAUUAGAAGUUGUAGGCCACGUUCUCAGUAGAUAG